AUGUAUCAACCAUCAUCAUCGAACAACAGUGAAAUACGCGAAUAUUCACGACGACUUGAUCGUGAUAUUAAUGGAUCCUUGUAUUAUGGUCCAUUCUAUCCGGUUGCUUUCUACCGGUACAGCUUUCGGCCGCAGAUAUUCACCGAUAAUGACGAUCAUCGUGAAAUUGAAAUGAAAAUCGAUCUUCCUAGCUACGAACCAAACACAAUUCAAUUCUCAGUAGAUGGCAACGAUUUAAUCAUCCAAGCCGAACAACAAAAUAAUAAUCCACAGCCUUCUUCCUCACGGGCUUCCUUUUACAAGAGAAUCACAUUGCCAAGCAAUACGGACUUGAACAGCAUAAAAACACAACAUUCAACUGAUGGGCAAUUUCAUAUUACGGCAAGACUGCUUGAAGAAGCACAUUGA